AUGGAGGCCGCGACCGAGAACGCCGCGUCCUCGACCGCGUCCCAGAAGUACUACUUCUGCCUCGCGAACGCGGACUUCAUGCUGAACGACGAGAACAACGAGCACUUCCCCGAGGUCCUCCGCGAACGCCGCCGAUUCUACCGCGAGACGAACAAAGAUCAGGACUUCUGGGUCGUCCCGAACCCGGCGUUCCUGGACGCGAUGCCGGACGUCGCGAAGAAGGUGCGCCAGCCUUGCGUCGCGGUCGUCACCACGGACGAGGUGUGGAACAACUUCGUGAAGCUCCGCUUGGAUCGCGUGUACAAGGGAUGCGUGGAGGGGACCGCGGAGGAGUGCCUCGCGAUGAAGUCGCCGAUCGCCGCGGAUGCGUUCCCGGCGCCGGACACGUCGAAGUGGACCGCGCCGUACGCCAAGUACGCGCCGGGCUGGUGGGAGGCGUUCUACCCGGGCAACGAGAACGCGUAA